UUUUGAUCACUUGGCCGUGACAUCACGCCCUUCUGAAAGCCGCUUCGUUCUCUAGCAUUUACCCAGAGGGCAAGGCGGUUUAACCCUUUCAGCCACUGUGUCAGAGCCAGCGGAAGCGAAUCGAGCCCAGAGGGAUCUGUCAGUAGUUGAUGAAACUCCAGCAUAGAAUCUGCUAGUGAAGGAGGCACCACUGAGCCAUAGAAUGGCCGGCUUCUUGGACAACUUCCGAUGGCCUGAGUGUGAGUGCAUCGACUGGGGAGAAAAGCGGAACACGAUCGCUUCAGUGGUUGCAGGCGUGCUGUUUUUCUCAGGCUGGUGGAUUAUGAUCGAUGCUGCAGUAUGUUACCCCGACCAGAAGCAACUCAACCAUGCGUUUCAUACCUGCGGGGUCUUCUCUACAGUCGCAUUCUUCAUGAUAAAUGCGGUGUCGAAUGCGCAAGUGAGAGGAGACAGUUACAGUGAUGGCUGUAUGGGAAGGACAGGUGCCCGAAUCUGGCUCUUUAUUGGCUUUAUGUUGAUGUUUGGAUCGCUCAUUGCUUCUAUGUGGAUUCUCUUUGGAGCUUAUGUCACACAAGGACUCAAUGUGUACCCAGGCCUAGCUGUGUUUUUCCAGAAUGCUUUAAUAUUUUUUAGCACACUGAUUUACAAAUUUGGAAGAACGGAAGAGUUGUGGUCAUAAAUGUUCAUUAGUUUGGAAGAUUCGUCAACCUCUCCUUCCCCUAUGCCCCGUGAAUAUUAUUUUAUACACUUGCCAAUCUGCUUAUCUUCCUUAUGUACAUUGUUACCCCCUUCCAUGUAUAAUUAUUGCCAUACACUGUAGUCCAAAAAAGAGGAUAAUGUAUAGUAUGAAAGAAGAUAAUUUAUAAUAGAGAUGAGUUAUUUUUUACGGUAUGGGCAGUUCAUUAUCUGAUUCGAUGACAUGGGGUUGAGAGAAUUCCAGGGUUUUGUUUUGAAGUCUAUCGGGAAACUCCAUUGUCUGAUGGAGUGAUUUGUUUUUGUCUGAGAGCAGGCAAGAAAGAUUAAGCUUUCUUAUUAGAACACUCUAGUAUUAAUUCAUGACUUUGACAUAGCAGUGUAUCUAUAUUCUGAGUUUUCAGCUGUCAUUUAUCAACAGCUAAAAGAACUGCUCAGUAAGGAUUUGGGUAGAAAUAAUGCAUGUGUUAUAUGUGUAGAGCUACUCUACCAGUCUAAAGAUACUGUCACUAAAAAUCUGUUGUUUUUUCUGUAUAGCAACGUGAUUUUGCUCCUUGCUCCCCACAAAUCAUUGAUUCCUUUGUACUGUAUGUAAUGAUCAGCACUUAAAGGAGUUGUUCACCUUUGAUUUAUCUUUUAGUAUGAUGUAGAGAGUGAUAUUCCUAAACAAUUUGCAAU